AUGCUGCAUGCUGUUGUAAAGCUCUGCUGUGGAAUCUCCUACCCACAUCUGAGGAGUAUGGCAGGACUUCAACGCACAGCUGUGGCAGUGAUAGGCCAGGAGAUCACACACCUGCAGCCAUGGGGACAAAUCCAGCAUCACAUGAGAACACAUGCUGGUUUAAAUUAUAAUGAGCCCAGACCAGAAGAUGCAAAGCCCGUGCCAAUGAAAGAAGAUCAGCUGUUCUAUGUACAACAAGGCCAAGAAGCAAUGAGGAAGGCUCUCAGCAUGUUGCAGGACAAAGAAGAAUGGAAGGUCGAGAUCACAGAGAACAAUGGGGAUGUGAUCUGUAGCAAAGUGAUGCCGGGUGCCAGGAAAGUCUUCCGGCUGGAGGCGGUCCUGGAGGCCGGUGUAGAUGAGCUCUACGACCUGCUGUUUGUCAGAGUGGAGGAGAUGCACAAGUGGAAUCCAGGCAUACAGCAUAUCAAAGUUCUGAAGCACAUUGGACCUGAAACGAUUGUCACUCACGAGGUUUCAGCAGAGACAGCAGGAAAUCUGAUUGGCCAGAGGGAUUUCCUGAGUGUCAGACAUAGUUGCAAACAAAAGUCCAGAGUUUAUCUUGGAGGAGCAGCGAUUCAACUGGACUCGUUCCCACCUCAGGCGGGCUUCGUGAGAGCUGAGGAUGGACCAGGCUGCAUCAUCAUACAGGCUCUGGACGGAGACACAAGAAGAAGUCACUUCACAUGGCUGCUUAAUAUGGACGUGAAGGGCUGGCUGCCAAAGUCCAUUGUCAAUCAGGCUUUGCCCCGUGCACAGCUGGAUUUCACUCGACACCUGCGCAGACAUCUCACAGCGGGCGCCACCCUGGGCUGA